AUGAUCAAUCAGAGAAGUCUACGUACUUCUAUUCUUCUUCUUCUUCUUCUCACUUCAUUUGUUGCUGGAACUCUGGCAGCAACGUACAGGGUGACAGACUAUGGAGCCAAAGGAGAUGGCAUCACCGAUGAUACUCAAGCGUUUACGAAUGCAUGGCGUGCAGUGUGCUUAAACAGCAAAGAAGCAUCGACCCUGCUUAUUCCUGGAGGGAAAGUGUAUCUGUUGGGACUGACCAAAUUCAGAGGACCGUGUAAUCAUUACGUUAGGGUUCAGGUCGAUGGAAAUCUUAAACGGGUUGAUGAAGUGUGGUCGGAUGAUGAUAAUAACUGGCUAGUGUUCAUUAACCUCAACGGCAUAACCGUCGCCGGCGCCGGCGAAAUCGACGGCCAAGGGGCCUCCUGGUGGGCAUGCAAAGAGGCAAAGACGUGCGCAUUUCUCGCUGCAAAUUCUCUUGCGUUGCUGCACGUCACGAAGGCGCAGGUUUUGGGGUUGAGCUUCAAAAACAGCGCCAUGAUGCACGUCGCCGUCGGGAUGAGCGUCGGCGUCAGGAUCUCAAAUCUGAAAAUCACCGCCCCCGCCGAGAGCCCCAACACCGACGGCAUCCACGUCGAGCGGAGCCGCCACGUCAUCAUCAGCGACUGCCAGAUCAGCACCGGCGAUGACUGCGUAUCUGUAAGCAGUGGCGCUAAGGAUGUGAACAUCAGCCGCAUAAGAUGCGGUCCUGGCCACGGAUUAAGCAUUGGAAGCCUGGGGAUAGAAAAAAGCUAUGCGACAGCUGAAGGCAUCCAUGUCUCCGACUCCACGAUCGUACGGACUGACAAUGGAGUCAGGAUCAAGACAUGGCAGGGGGCAACUGGGUUUGCGAGGGACAUAUCGUUCAGAAAUAUUAGCUUGACGGAAGUGAGGAACCCCAUCAUAAUAGACCAGUUCUACUGCCCUCGCGGCGGCUGUAAGAAUGAGACGUCGGCUGUUCAAGUGAGCGACGUGAAGUUCAUCGGAGUGAAAGGGACGUCGGCGAAUGACAUGGCGAUCCGCUUGGAGUGCAGCCAGAGCAGUGGUUGCCACGACGUGGUGAUGGAGGACGUUGAUAUAAGGAAUGCAGUGCCAGGGGAGCAAGCUCAGGCUUUCUGUUUCAAUGCGCAUGGAAAAAAAGCCAAAGUGGUCAAGCCUGACGUCCCUUGCUUGAGCUAUUGA